CACCCAAGAUCGCCGAGUCGCGGGGUCUCCGCUCGGGAACAGCUCAGGCGCAGAGGCUCUUUCUAGUCUCAGUGCUUCGACACCAUUUGGAUAUGCCAGAGCACGAUGGGUUGAUGCGAGUGUUUUGGCCUAGCGACAUCCCCACUUCUGAUCUCACCGGCGUUCUAGUUGGCUGGAGAAACUCAGACUUGGAUGUCGUUGUUGUGGCUGUUCUGGAUCAUGUAGAUCCAAGAAACGUCGAGAAUGCGCUGAAGACGGGCAUUCUAUUGCGGAAUGCUCCUCACUCUGUCGCUAGGUUAUUCGAAAUAUGUGACCAGGCAUCCAUGCACGUCCUUGGUUUGAUGAAUGUCGGGCUUGAUACUGUAGCCGACCCAUCGUGGGUACAAGCGACCACUUGUUCUCCAGAGCCCUCUUUACGAAUCACUUGCGCUAAAGCCUCGACCAUUCAGACGAUCGUAUUUGACCGGCCUAAUCCACACCGAAUGCAAUACAUAUCGCUGAAUCCAAUUGCCCUCUCUUUGAGCGGCGAGAAUCAGACGCUUUAUCCCGGGUCUCAUGAAUCCGAAGUAGAGGAUGAGAAACAAGAGCAGAAAAAUAAGCAGAAAGCUAGCCACCUGAUGGAAAAGAUAAAGCAACACUCAGUUGUCCGGCAUCCUCCUUCCUCUAAAGACAAAGCCCUGGUAAGAAUCGUAAAUCAGAUCAAUUGGGCUUGGGAAGUCCAACAGUUGUUGCACAAGAAUGUCCCUCUCAUCGGUCCUCGUCCCAAGCGUACGCUUAGUGUGUCUGAACGUGUUGUGGAGCAGGCUACAACUAUGAGAGAUACGGCGAUGUUGUAUAUCUGGAAUAUGAUUAUUAUCUACAUCUUCCCUGUUAUUCGGCGCGCAUUCAUAAUCACUCUCCUUGCACAGCGGUUUGCGGCUGAGGUGCUUCUCCUGAUCCUUGAAUGGCGGCUUCGGCCCUCAUCCCCCGCACUCAAGGAUAUUUCAGCCACGGCACAACAGGUGGAAAUUCGCCUCUUACAAUUCUGUUAUUGGCCUAUGCAAUACGUGAAGCUUCGUCGGCGGAAGAACGACUGGGAUAGCGUCACAACGAGUCACCCCGAUUAUAUACGCUUCUACAAUAGCUUGUGGCUCGUGGCAAACGACGUGAUCAUCGGCAUCGCUCUGGGAUCCUACAUCAUUGAGAAUGGUGACUGGGUGGCCGAUACUAUCAAUAUGAUAAUCGAUAAAUAUAGCAUUGCGGCCUUACAGACCAGCAUCUCAUGGCUUAUGGGGUGGCCAGCUGGACUGAAGCUCAACAGCGAAUUAGCAUUGUUCCUUGGCGAUCUUUUCUUAUGGGUCAUUGACUACUGGUCCAGUUGUGCUCAGACUUUGAAGCCUCUACUCCCACAGAUUAUAUGGUUCAUUGGAUUCUCUAGCUUUGCUGGUGCUAGUAUGCCCAUUGCCUUAUUUUCGGAUUUAUUGUCAGCUCUCACCCUUCACAUCUACUCAUUCUAUCUUGCCUCGGCCCGGAUAUUCCAUUGGCAACUUACCAUCCUCCUUUCGCUAUUUCAACUCUUUCGCGGAAAGAAGUAUAACGUCUUGCGAAACCGUGUUGACUCGUGCGAUUACGAUCUAGACCAGCUGCUCGUCGGCACCAUCUUAUUCACGCUUCUUUUCUUCCUGCUUCCGACCGUAAUUGUAUUCUACCUCAACUUCGCUUUUGCACGUAUGAUCAUCAUACUACUUAAGGCGGCGUUUGACACCUUGUUGUCCUGUCUAAACCAUUUCCCACUUUUUGCCUUAAUGCUGCGGGCUAAGGAUCCUCGACGUCUUCCAGGAGGCAUUCGUUUUGAACUUCGUGAUACCCAUAAUAGACCAAACCUUAAUUCAGCAUCAGCCUCGACAUCCUCAACCUCUCCCACCUCGCUCAUCCAUUUGAAGCCGAUUCCUCUCGAGUUCAGCGCAAUGUUCCGGCAAUAUUCGCAGAUGGGUAAUCGGCUACGCAAGCAUUACCUAUCACCCCGCGUGUUGUUUUGCCUCGUCACCGGCCGCUUCGUCCCACCUAUUCACAGGAAGAACCUGUAUUCAUUACAGUACAGCAUGCUUCCUGCUCGGCGGGCCGGCAUUACGGAGAUUUGGGAAGCACUGAACUCAUUACCGGCCAAGAAACCUAUAGGAUCACAGUCCUAUGGCCUGGCCAGAAACGUUACUAUGUUGAAUGGGCGACGACACAUGAACGGGCGGGCAACACGAGGAUUGAGGUAGGAAUAAUUGAGUCAACCCUCGGGUACUAUUGGCGUUUUGGAGAAAGGCAUUUAGAUGGCGUGGAACAGGGUGGCGUCAAAGCAAUGGUUCUUUAAGUACACGGCAAGGGACUACGCGAGGCGUAGCAGCUUGAAUGCAUAACAUGAGUAUGGGUUGACGCCAUUCUUCCACAUUUUGCUUAGAGCUACGUUUAUUCUAAAGGAUAGACUCGCUGAUAUGGCAGCAUGAGCCUCACUGUUUGCGCGCAUAGAAAUGGAAAUGUCUAGUCAUUCAACACUACAAAAGCAAAUACAAUACCUAUUCGAAGCAUU